AUAGGCUACUUGACUUACUUUUCUUAAUACUAAAGGCUACUAUCCAACCUUCAAGUAUGUGAGAUGAAAGGAUUGCAAGGAGGCGGUUUCGACUAAUUGCGCUAUCUUGUUAGGUUUUUCGUAGUUUCAUUUCGACAAAUGCAUCAUUUAGACUGUUGUUUUUACACAGUAUUUAUAACUGUCAUCGGGCUUUUCCUCUGUGUGGUUUCUGAAGAGUUGUCUGUUGAGCCUAUUGCUCAAGCGUUACGUGUCGGUGAAUCCGGGGUUUUCGAGUGUUCUUUGGAGAAUUCAACUCAUACCGAAUACUUACAAUGGACACUUCCUGAUAAUACAGUUUUGUUAAAUGGUAACCAGUCAGUGGAUGGUCGAUUUGCCAAUGAAAAUGGUAUUCUUAAAAUGAACAAUCUUACUUUACAUGAUUCUGGUGAAUUCCUUUGUGAAGAUCCUCAAACCAGUAACAACGUAACAGGUCAUCUCAAGGUUUAUAUUAUGCCAUCAUAUAUACUCGAAGGAUCUGUUGUAAUUGCUAUUAAUGGUGUCCUCUUGAUUUUAUUCAUCUACUCAAUCAUAAAGACUUACCGAGAGCAAAAUCGCAAGGAUCGUAUGCAUGCCUUUUAAAUGCUAUUCGAUGAUAUAUACAGAUAGAUUUCUAUCAGUUCAUUCUGCAAAAUAAUCUAAUUCCCCUUUAUUGAUGUCUGUGUAGUGUUGGAGCGAAAUAAUUUGUAAUUCUAGUGCUAAAGGACUACCAUAGUUUAAACAUCGUUCUUCCUUACUUAUGAACUGCACCCUACUGUAGAAAACUAAUAAUUUGAUAAGGUUCAUUGCACAGUUAUUUUGCUUAUCUAUUUCUUUGUUGUCUUCAUACAGAACCUGCUCAUCUUUGUGAUUUAAUUAAUGAAGUAAUGUAUCAUAACAUGUGUGUGUGCGAACAAAACUAUAAUGCUCCUUUAUUUUGUAAACUGAAUUUUCCACCAAUUUUCUGUGUAUACGCACACAACUCCAGUAAUAGUCUUUCAUUAAAACUAGCAAUUUUGCAAUCGGUUCAUUUAUUUUGCUUUCUUAACUUUCGUGAUUUCAUUUGUGUACGUGCUUAUGUGUGUAUGUUUGCAAAUCGAUAACCAGACGAAUAACUUUCAUAUUAUACUUGAAUUAUUU